AUGCCUCAAUACACAUCUCGCGAUGUCGGCGAUCCGUCGCAAAUCAAGAAGAACAAGCAGAGCAUGGCCGACCUGAAGCUACGCCGGUUGACAGAGCUGAACAACCGACUACGCGAAGACCUCGACCGGGAACGCAUCCCCGUCAGCCAGGCCUCCAGGGGCAUCAUCGCCUACUGCAACAGCACCCGAGACUACAUGGUGCCCAGCGUGUGGGGGCCAGUUCCCAAGGGCGAGGACCCGUACGCGCCACCACAGACUGGCGGCUGCUGUGUAGUCAUGUAG